CGGUGACGACUGAGCGUGGCGCUGUGUUGUUGUGCUACUAAUUGUAGAUAGUUGCAUUAUUUUAUCACUUUGAGUGUUGAUAUAACGCCAAGUAACAUGUCUGCUGGGCCGAACUGCUACAAACUUUAACAACGCAGACGAAGAGUGCAAAGCAAGAAUGAGAGUGUGCGUCAGUCGUUGAUUUUCUAAAUCACAACAACAAUUAUAUGUUUUCUUUGUGCAACCGCGUAACUCAGCGCGCAAGUGUGUGUAUGUGUUGGCGCUGCUUCUUCCAUCCAAUUAUAUCGUAUUCUUACCCCAAUUUCUGGGGGUAUGCACUACUACAAAAUUGUCGUCGCCAUUUAAACCACACUCCGGACUCGUUACACAGCGAACUCAACUAAACUGAAACUCAACUCGACUCGACUCGACGCUACGUGACUCGGCUCGAUGGCUCCACCGUUCUUCGACGCAUAGUACACAUUCAUUUCGCAUCGCGCUUUACCUCGAACGCGUGCUACGAACGCCGAACGCGCCACUCAUUCGCAACUUUUGGUUGAUAGUGUCGGUCUGAGUUAGAUUUGGUAGUAUACCAAGAAUAUUAAAUAGAAAAUUGAAAAAAAAAACACAACACAUUUUUUUUCUCGAAAAUAUUGAUAAGAAUUUAACGGUUUAAAAAACUACUGCCAAAUUUAUUGAUUAACCGUUUGUGGCACAGUGGCGUACGCGCAAAGCAGUGUAGACAUAUAGAAAUUUUUACGAUUCAAAAAGUAGAAUUUCUUUUGAAUAUUAAUUAAUUACGUGUCGUUGUUGUUGCACUUAGAGCAAGUUAUAUAUAAAAUCAAAUUGAAAUCCACUUAAAAUGCAGUCAACAAUCCUCGCUAGCGUUUUGGUGAUUCUAUUGGCCGUACAGCAGGGUGCCGCCAUCAAAUGUUACGUAUGCAAUAGUCACAAGGAUGCCAAUUGCGCACUGGAUAUACCGCCAGAUAACUUACUCAAGGACUGCGAAGAGGAUUACUCGACACGCGGCAAAGGUAUACCGACCUAUUGUCGCAAAAUCUCGCAAAUCAUUGAAUUUUCAGUAAACAACUUACCACCAGACAGUCGCGUCAUACGCUCAUGUGGUUUUCUGAAUCAAACAUCGACCAAUUACUGUUAUCAACGCGCCGGUUUUGGUGGUCGCCAAGUGGUCUGCUCCUGUGACAAGGACAAUUGUAACGGUGCUGGCGCGCUCAACCUGUCCAUCGGUGUGAUGUUCGCCGCUGCUGCCGCCAGCGGUUGGGCUGUGCUAUCACUGCUGAAACGUUCAUUGGUUUAAAGCGCCAUUUAAGUUUGAGUCAUGCAAAAACAAAAACAAAUUUUUCAAAUAUUUCACUCAACACUAGCUUGGCUUGUUAUACGUACAUACAGACAGACAGAAAUAUGUUUUUUUUUUUGCAUUAAUUUCUUUUCAUGCGGUUGUCGGACAUGUUGGGCUGUAUUGUUGUUGUUGUUUAGUUAAUUGACAACAAAUUUUAUUUGAAAUACUUGCGAUGCAUAUUUAUUAUUUACACAUUUCGUCACAAAAUAUAAUUUCAAUAUAUGCUAUGUGCAUACAUACACACACAUAUACAUACAUACAUAUAUGUAUAUUAUUUUCGUCCGCUUAAGUACUAUAUUUAAGUUUUAAUACACACAAACGCACAUACAGUUAGUAGGGACAAAGAUAAUGCGGAGGAGUUGUCGUCACUUAGCAGAAAUUAAUAAAAAAAAAAAAGCAAAAACCUCACCAGAUGAAAUUGGUUUUAAAGUUAACGCGCCCAGUUUCAUCGAAGUACAUACAUAUAUAUAAAAUUUAAGCGCUCUCCUAGCUAAGAAAACAACAAUAAUAAUAUGUAUAUGAAAACAAACGUUUGAUAUAAUAAAAUCCAGUAGCAGUUCAGAUUUUGCACAAUUAGUGAACAAACAAAGUAAAUAGCAACAAAUGUGCGAAACGUUAUAUAAGAAAGCUUUAAUGUAAUAGAUUUUUAAUUAUUAAAAAAAAACAAAAAACACAUUUUAUAAAUUUGAAGAAAUUACCGAAUUCUGCUGCUUUUCAAAGUAAAUUUUUUCAAAAACAAUUAAAACUGUUUUAAAGUUUAUGUAUUGCAAUGCUAAUUAUUACUUAUUUUAUUACAUACAAACAUACAUGCAAACACAUACAUAGAUAAAACAGAAAAAAAUUGAAUAAACCCACUUUACAAAAGCAACACACAAAUGCAAUGUUUAACCAACCGUGAAUCCACCAAGCCGUAUUGUAUUAUUGUAGCAAAUCUUUAGAAAAACAGCAAAACAUUUGAAACUGCAUUCUUUGCAUAAAAAUAUAUAUAUAUACAUUUAAAUAAAAUUAAAAUGGUAACAACGGGCAGACAGUGCGUACAUUUGGUGCCAAUUGACGAUUUUCGUUGUAAAGUCGUAGUAAGUAACUAAUUGUUAAAAUAAAAAUAACGUACUAAAUUCACAUGUAUUGUAAAGUCAUAAUUUUUUUUCUCGUUUUUGCUUUUAAAAUGAAGCAAAAGCAAACAGCUGAAACCAAAAAUUAGUUAUAGUUUUGCUACGCAAGAAAAUCGUUUAAAUGCAAGCAUUUCAUUUCAAAUUGAAAAUGUUUCGCAUUUGAUUUUCUCGUGUGAUCUUUCUUAACUUUAAGCGAUUAUAAAUGAAAAUAGUUACAAUUAUAAAAAUUUAAACGAAGAAAUAAAUGAAGAGUAAAUUAAAAUUUAAAAAA